AUGAAAUUUGAUUUAAUACUGAAUAAGAACAUCACACCUUCUGUUAAUACUUCUAUAGAGUUCUUUUUGAAUAAUAAAAAGGAUAAAUUUAAUUACAUUGAUAUUUUGGCUUGUAAAGAACCAAAAUCGAGUAUAGAGAAGGUUAUUACUAAUAGCUCUAAAAAACAGAAAUUAGAAAGAUAUGUAACUAAUAAAAAUGAUGAAAAGGCCCAAUAUGGUGAAUGCCAGAUUAUAAAAGAUGAUAAUACAUGA